CGCGAAAGCGCUCAGCAGCUCCUCGCAGUCUAAGUGCACAUCGGGUCUCGGGAGGAUGCGCUAAUUUUUCGGAGAAAACACCGCGGGCACAUUGACAAGUGAAUAUUUUCGGACAUUUCUCUCUCAAAGGAUUUGGUUCUCCAAUCAAAAGCCGCCAGCAUGAUGAAAGAAUGCCUGCGGUUCCUCAUUGAACCAGCUAAAAAACUCAAGAGCCGACUAAAGGAAUCCAGCAAACGAGUGAAGCUGGAAAAAAAAGAGCAGCUGGUCGAAAGUCAAUUAUUUAUCAUGGAGCUGGCCCGGGAACUCAGCAAAAUUUGCCAGAGAUCCAAUGUUCUUCAACAUAUAUGGUCCAGUGAUGAUGUCUGGCCAGCCUGCUUGUGUCGGGACUUUAUUGUGGAAUGGGCCGCUGUGCUGGAGAGGAAAGUGCAGUCAAGAGUCAGCCUGUCAGACUGCCACUACCAAAGACCGGAAAAUGUCAUGCUGGUCGUGCUGAACGCAGACAGGCCUGUUAAGGAGGAUGUGACAAAGGAAUGGCUGGUCAGAAGGCAGAGGAAUCAGAGCAUGGAUGCUGUCCAAUACAUCCCCCAUGGUGUGUGGAAUUGGAUCUGUGAAGCCUCAGAGGACGUGAUUCUGGAUCCAGACUCGGCCAACCCAGAGCUGCUGAUCUCCACGAAUGAAAAGAGCAUGCGGUGCGGCCUGGAGCGCCGUGACGUCCCAUGUUGCAACGGUCGCUUCGACGGUUGGUGGUGCGCUGCUGCUCAGGAGGGCUACGCCUCCGGACGCCACUACUGGGAGGUGGAGGUGGGCCAGCGGGACUGGCGCUUGGGUGUGGCCAAGGCGUCCGCCGUGAGGCGGGGUUUCCGCUCUCUCAACACAGACACGGGGUACCUGACCCUCCGUCUGGAGAGGGGCAAGGAUCUGAAGGCCUUGACGGUGCCCGCCACAUCGCUGCCUCUGACGUUGGCGCCCAGGAAAGUGGGCGUGUAUCUGGACUACGAGCAGGGCCAGUUGUCCUUCUAUAACGUCGACAAGCGGUCUCACGUGUACACCUUCAAUGACAAGUUCACAGAGGAGCUUGUCCCCAUAUUCGGGACGGUGGAGGUGCUUCAGGACCUGCUGAUCAGGUCACCCGGGGUCAAACAACGAUGCCUCUGUCCCGGACCUUGCCUCUGGAGCUAAACUAUACCACAUCAAACAGCGCUUUUGUUUAAAGUAUGACAAUGUGGCUGGCUGUCGAUUUGCUACCUGGGCCUUGAAUAGGGACUUCGUCAACCCUAAUCUACUGAAUACAACUACUAUUCCAAUUAUAGAAACUUAUCAAAAGCGCAAUCGAGUCGAAAGACAGAGCUCCCCCAAGAAUAGCAAUAAUCCACGAGUAAUAGACGCCCAAUUAAGAGAAUUAAAUUUGCCCAAGAGAUGCCAAAAGAUGGCGGCAAACUACUUAUUUUGUGUAAAAGAAACUCUCCAACAGACUUCAAUGUAGUUC